AUGAAGCCUCAGCACUUGAACUCGCCAAACAAUCCGCGGCUGAAGCUGGCCAAGCGCCUUCAUGCACGGCGGCAGCGAGAGAAGACGGGCCUGAUCCUGCUGGAGGGCCAGCGCCUUAUCGCCGACGCUCUGGACGCUGGGCUGAGCGCUGACUUCGUGCUCGUGAGCGACGAGCAGCUGCGCGACGGGGCGCUGGACCGGCUGCUCGCCCGCGUCCCAGCCGAGAUCGCUGCCUCUACCACCGCGCCUCUCUUCCGCGACGUGUCUGACACCACAACUCCGGCGGGUGUCCUUGCCCUCUUCCAGAAGCCGAUCCUCACGCUCCCACCAUCCCCGAGCCUUGUGCUCGUGUGCGACAGCAUUAGCGAUCCCGGAAAUCUUGGCACGCUCCUGCGUGCGUCAGCUGCGGCUGGCGUCGACGGCUGCUUGCUCAUGGCCGGCUGCGCUGACCCCUGGGGCCCAAAGGCGCUGCGCGCCGGCAUGGGCGCGCAGUUUCGGGUCCCCAUGAUGCAGGUGGACUCGUGGGCCGGUGCAGCCGCGUCACUCGUUGAGUGGGGGUGUGCGAUUCGUGCGGCGGACGCGGGCGGCACAUCGGCGCACUACGACUGCGACUGGCGCGACGCGAGCGCGCUCGUGGUGGGGUCCGAAGCGCACGGCAUCUCGAGGGAGGUGCUCGCCGACCCGCGCGCUGGCGACCUCGAGAGCCUGAACGCGGCGGUCGCCGGCGCGAUCGUGCUGCACGAAGCGCAACGGCAGCGGAUGACCGGGGCGGUGCCUCGAUGA